GAAGCUUGCAGAAAGCACGCAAACUGGUUGCUUUCACUGUCGCAUCACAGACGCAUGUGAUAAACCAGAAUUCUUGUUGGACAGAGUUAUUGCAUCCUACACAGGAGGUCUUCAUAACACGCGGGUUUAUUCGCUGCAAUUCGACUCGAACCAUUCCUGAUAAUUCUGGAUUGCUGACAUUUGUUGUCCAUUGAUUUCGGCUCACCCGCACCUUUCAACAACGAUCGCAGCUUACGCCAUUCACGAGUAUCACGCGCGUCACGAAAAUACGAGACCGAAGGUCUAGUCAUCGAGGUACACGCCGCAUACUCACCAUGGCCGACGGUGGAGGCUGGAGUACAAUUGAGUCUGACGAGGGCGUAUUCACAUCUCUAAUCGAGAACAUCGGCGUGAAAGGCGUGCAGUUCGAAGAGCUCAUUUCCCUCGAUGCCGACACAAUACGCUCAUUAAGCCCUGUCUACGGCGUCAUUUUCCUCUUCAAAUGGAUCGGCGGCCAGUCGCGCGACCGAACAACCCCUGCUGACGGCACAUACGACCAACAAGCCGCGACAGAAAACGGACUUUUCUUCGCCGCACAGACAAUUCAGAAUGCUUGCGGCACCCAAGCCAUUCUCUCCGUCAUCCUCAACCACGACACACCUGCAUCAGGCACACCUGUCCCCAUCGACAUCGGUUCCGAGCUUUCCUCCUUCAAAUCCUUCACUCAGGGCUUUCCCUCCGACUUACUUGGUGAGGCGCUAUCGAACUCGGAGGCGAUUCGCACGGCUCACAAUGCGUUCGCCCGCGCAAGUCCCUUUGCAGACGAGACGCAGCGCACAGCGCAGGACGAGGAAGGCGAUGUAUUCCACUUCAUCGCAUAUACGCCUGUCCACGGGCAGCUGUACGAACUAGACGGCCUCCAGCCCUUCCCGAUCAGCCACGGGGCGUGCGACAGCGAAAAUUUUCCGGAGAAGGUCAUCGAGGUGCUCCAGCGGCGCAUCGCUCGAUACCCGGCCGGCGAGGUGCGGUUUAACCUGAUGGCCGCAGUGCGCGAUUUGCGGAUAAGGGCGCAGGAGAUUGGCGACACGGAGUUACUGGAGCGGGAGAAUUCGAAGAGGAAAGCGUGGGCGUGGGAGAAUUCGCUGCGACGGUGCAACUUUGUGGGUUUCAUUGGGGAGACACUCAAGGGCGUGGUGGAUCAGAAGGUUCAGCAGGGCCAGUAUGAUUCGUGGGUGGAGGCAGCGAAGAAGGAGACUCUACGAAGAGCAGAGGCGAGGAAAGGUCUAUAGACAUAUUCCUAUAGUAGGUUCCGUGGAAGUUGUUUUUAGCAUGUACUAUACCGCCACGCAUCUAGGAAAUUGUAUGAUGAUGAUAUCAUGAGCAAUACAAUACAGCAUUAACAUUC